UGAGAAACAUUACCGGAGCACUCACUGGUCCGGUGGCACAUCUGAAUCAAUUGCAGGGGAUCGUGCUGGCCCCUGCCGUGAGUGAAUUUUAUUUGCGGAAGAGGUUUGUCUGCUUUCUAUUACAAAACAACGAAAUUUCUUUCAAAUCGUUUUGUCCAUUUAGAUUGACAAAUGUGUCUAUAGACUAAGGACCUAUGAACACUGCACUUGUGGAUAUAUUUUGAAUUUACCAUUAGCUGCAUGCGCAAACUACAAGUAAUUUUGAUAAAUCUUACUUACGUUUGCACGAUGACAACCUGAUUUACAAAAGGUAUCCCCUGUUCUUGAAAGCAGCAAUACUUGUUAAUUGUUUAUUCUGAUUUCCCGUGCAGAUUUACAAACUGAGAAUCAGUUUGUUUUCUGCACCAGUCAUCUUUAAACUUGGCGCUCUGCCUACCCCACCGAUCAGCCGACCACAAUGCACAGAGGCAGAGCCCUCCGCCCUCGACCCAUCCAGCGCCGCCCGCCGCCGGCGUCUGAACCCGCGCCGCCCGUUUCUCCCCCAUGGUACGCCGCGCCGCGGUCGACGCUCCCGCCCCCGCACCCGCCCGCGGGCGAGGCCGAUCCGCUCCUCGUCGCGGCGUCCGAGGUUGCGCUCGGCCUCCCCGUCCACCCCGCGCCGCUCCCGGCCGCCGCGCCCGCGCCCCUGCUCCGCCUCCUCCCGGCCUUCACCUCCGCGCAUUUCCUCUCCCUCCUCCGCCGCAACCCGCUCGCCCUCCAGCCGCUCCCGCUACUCUCCCUCUUCCGCGUCCUCCUCGCCUCGCCGCCGGGCCUCUUCCGCCACACCCCGGCCUCCUUCCUCUCCAUGUCUCACCUCCUCAUCGCCCACCGCCUCCCCCACCUUGCACUCCCCCUCCUCCGCCUCCUCGUCUCCCGCCUUGGCCGCGACUCCCCGCCGCGGCUCCUCCCGCUGCUCCUCUCCGCAGUCUCCACCGACGACCCGGCGCCUCUCGUGUCCGCGGUCGCCAAAGCAUACGCCGAUGAGGGCCUCCUACCCGAUGGAUGCUCCCUCCUCCUCCUCCUCGCUCUCCGCCGCGGCGUCCGCGUCCCCCUGCCAGCGUGGUCCGAUCUCAUGAAUCGGCUCCCCUCUGUUCCUGAAGCCUACGCCUUCUACCUGCAGCUGCUCGACGCAGGUGUGCCCCCGGAGGCCAAGCAGUUUAACAUGCUAAUGCGUGACAUGAUUAGAUCAGGCAAGCUUGCCAGUGCACGGAACAUGUUCGAUGAAAUGUUGAGGAGGGGUGUGCCGCCAACGGUAGUGACCUUCAACACAUUGAUGUCUGGGAUGUGCAAGGCGUCUGAUCUGAACAGCGCAAACGCUCUGCGAGGGCUAAUGGCGAAGGCAGGGGUCGCACCAGAUGUGUACACCUAUGGUGCUUUUAUGCAGGGGUUGUGUAAGGCAGGGAGGAUACAAGAUGCAGUGGAGAUGUUUGAGGAAAUGCGUGAGAGAGGUGUGAACCCCAACACUGUUGUGUUCACGACAUUGAUAGACGCACAUUGCAAGGAGGGGAAUGUGGCAGCUGGGUUGGAGUUGCACCGAGAGAUGGCCACAAGGGGCAUCAAGACGGAUUUGGUGGCAUACAAUGCUUUGGCUAAUGGCCUUUGUCGGGUGCGAGAUUUGAAAGCAGCCAAUGACAUUGUGGAGGAGAUGAGGAACAAUGGUCUCAAGCCGGACAAGGUUACUUACACCACACUCAUCGAUGGCUUCUGCAAGGAGGGGGAGUUGGACAUGGCAAUGGAGAUGAAACAAGAGAUGUCAGACGAAGGGGUUGCAUUGGAUGAGGUCACAUACACUACGCUCAUCUCGGGACUGAGCAAGUCAGGGCGUUCGGUUGAUUCAGAAAGGAUCCUAUGUGAGAUGAUGGAGGCUGGUUUGGAACCUGACAACACGACUUACACAAUGGUGAUUGAUGCCUUCUGUAAGAAUAGUGAUGUGAAGACAGGCUUUAAGCUACUGAAAGAGAUGCAGAAUAAGGGCCGAAAACCGGGAGUUGUGACAUAUAAUGUGGUUAUGAAUGGCUUCUGCAUUCUGGGGCAGAUGAAGAAUGCGGACAUGCUGCUGAAUGCGAUGCUUAAUAUUGGGGUGUGCCCAGAUGAUAUAACAUACAACAUUCUUUUGGAUGGACAUUGCAAGCAUGGAAAAGUUAGAGAUGCUGAAGAACUGAAAAGUGCAAAAGGAAUGGUUUCAGAUUUUGGGCUUUAUACUUCACUAAUCAAUGAAUUUGUCAAGAAGAAAUCAACUAAGAGUUACCAUGAUAAUGGAUAGUUUUGCUAGGUAAAGAUACUUAUUCUACUCCCCUACCUGCGAUAACUUUAGAGCUUGAAGGUUGACAAUGCAACAUGAAUAUGAUUUUCAUGCUCAAAUGGAUGAAUAUGAUAAGGGAACCUUAUUGAGUAGUGAGCACACAUACUCGGCUUUGAAGAUUGCUGUCUGGGAGGGGAAAAGCAGAGGUUCUAGCAAAUCAAGGUCUAGAUAUGUUUCAUGAUUCUCUGUUUAGUCAAAGUAUCUUGAUGAGAACUAGGUCUGAGAUGUCUUAGCAAUUGGUCUAUCUGGUGCAUGGCUCUGGUUGUGCAUGUUGGGUUCAAACUACAAGUACUGUCUUGCAGUCAGGCUACAAGAUAAGAUAGCAGAUUUGCAUCUGUUCAAAGUUAAGACAUCACAGAUUCACAGCAAAUUCUCGGAGAUGGUCAGAUACCUGAGAUGAUUACAAGAGCUAAACCUGUGCUAUCAUCAAUUCAUCACCCAUCUUGGUUGGAUGCCCCAUACAGGCUUCUGUGCCUACUGAAGUUUUUGUUUACAAAUGCUUGAUACCUUCAACAACUAUCUAGCUUGAACGGCCUUUGCCAUCCCAUAUGCUGCUGCUGAAGCUAGUGCUCCAAUAAUAGCAGUUUGGACAGCACUGAUGAAUGGCCGAUUCCCAGUAAAGCGACCCUUGAUGUAGCCAAAGAAAAGUAGCGCGACCAAUGUGACUCCAACAGAUGUGAGCAUGGCAUUCUGGGCUGUGGAGAGGAACAUGUAGGGCAGGAGAGGGACCAAUCCACCGAUCACAUAAGAUAGUGCGAUUGUAAAAGCACUCUGCAGAGCCCUUUUAGGAUCUGGUUUCUCCAAUCCCAGCUCAAACCUGAACACAUUUCACUGUUUUAUGAACUACUGCAAAGCCACUCAAUUUCUGUCAAAUCAUGAUUCAUGGCCAUUUGCUUCCAAAUUACAAAAUGGGAACCAAAAGUGGGAACCAGUGGUAGUGGAUGUAACAGUUGAUGAUAAUGAUACCUCAUCAUGAAGUCUAGCCAAGCCUGAGGGUUUCUCCUGAGCCCGUCGAUGACAGGGCCAUACUCGUGCGGUUCAAGCCCAUACUGUGACAUGAUCUCUCCAAUCUCAGCAGCCUCUGGAAUGGAUGAUCAAUCAAGGAUUCAAAACACCAACGGGUCAGAAUGCCAGUCAUAUAUUAUACAUACACACCAAAGGUCAGGAGAAAUGCUCCUUAAUAUAGUGGCAUCCAUGUACCAGUGUCUGGGACAGUGAUGAUCUCCUCCUGCUCCCUUUUCAUCUCCCGCUUGUAAUGAUCUGCCUCGCUCUGGGCCGCAAGGUACCUACCACAUGGUGCGCAAGCGACGGAUCAGAAAUUCAGAAUCAUGCGUUAGUGGGACACCUUUUCUAAUUGAAAACAAUGUGGUGUUUGUCUUGUUUUCCACUUUGCUCGGCCUAAAAGUUGUGAUGAAUAACACAAAGCGUGCUGGAGGAGCACGUGAAAGAGGGCCACACACUUGUCUA